CUUGCACUGCGCCUUCUUGUUUACAUCGAGAUCGACGACGACGACACAAAUUCGUUUGUUAGCGACGCGUUGGUGAAAGGGAUUUUCAACAAAUAGUGCUGUUUUUUGCUAUUUCCACAGUGCCUAAUUUGUGAAAAAUGUAGUGCAAUUACGGUGAAGACGAAUAUGUAGUGCUUAAGGUGCGGAGCCCUUCAAAAAGGCGCAUCUGUUGGAGUAUAAGCGGGCGUAAGUGUGCCGGUUAUCGGUGUCCUAACCUAACCAAAGUUUGCUAAGUUAAUUGAGAUUUAAAGAUUCUCAAACCGCAAAAAUGGUCACCAAAGUCGUGCAAGUAACCAACAUUGCUCCACAAGCAACAAAAGAUCAGAUGUCAACGUUGUUUGGAUUUCUUGGGAAGGUCGAAGACAUAAGAUUGUACCCAACUAUCCGUGAUGUUGCUGUACCAGUUCAAUCUCGGAUUUGCUAUGUCAAGUACAGUGACUCUACCUGUGUUGGAAUUGCACAGCACCUCACGAACACAGUUUUCAUUGACAGAGCUUUAAUUGUCAUCCCAGUGGGCAGUAGCGAGAUCCCUGAUGAACAGCGUGCUUUGGAAAUCAUGGCCUCUGGGUCAAUGAUACCUGGCCUACAAAUUGAACCCAAACUACCUGCCCACGUCGUCAAUCAAGUAGAGGGCACCCCACCCAAUCAAUAUAUUGUCACUGUAGAUCCCAAUUUGGAGGCUGAAGGCUUGGCGACAUACCCUCAGCUCCCCACAUCUUAUGACAUCAAGAAGAUUGAAGAAAUCCGUCGCACACUUCUUGUUUCUAACUUGGACGAUAGUACUACUGGUGAAGCCUUAAUGGAAUUUUUUAGUCAAGCUGGUGAAGUGAAGUAUGUUAAAUUCUGCUCUCGAGAUGAUGAUACUAAUCGCUAUGCUCUGGUUGAAUUCACAGAGCAGCCAGAUAUCAUUAAAGCUUUGAAGCUGAAUGAACAUGAGUUGAAUGGUAAAGCAAUAUCAGUGACCCACUCUACUCAGGCCAUAGUUAAACCUCAAGCUAAAACCAACGAAGCUGCUCAGCGUGAAAUUGAGGAAGCUAUGAGUCGAGUGAAGGAGGCUCACAAUUACAUCUCUGCAGCCAUUGACCCAGUCAUUGGCAUGCUAGCCAAAGACAAAAAGAGGAGGAGCCGAUCUAGAUCAAGGUCAAGAAGAUCAAGGUCACGUUCACAUAGAAGGAGAAGAUCAAGAUCAAGACGAAGGUCUAGGUCAAGGGGAAGGAGAUCCAGAUCCAGAUCACGUGGUCGCAGGCAUAAAUCUCGGUCUCCAUCAAGAAAACGGUCUCGUUCCAGAUCAAGGCGUAGAUCAAGAUCACCCAGAAAAAGAAGGUCUAGAUCAAGAAGUAGGAAGAGGUCCCGUUCAAGAUCAAGAAGAUCUCGUUCUAAAUCAAAGUCUAAACCUCACAAGUCCUCGUCAAAGAAGAGUUCAAAGGAUCUUAAGGAAGGUAAAGAAGAAAAAAAUUCUGAUAAGAACCCACCUAUUAAGGAGAAAGAAGUGAGAGAAGUGAAGGAAUCAAGAGAGAAGAAAGACAAGGAAAGUGAAAAAGAGGCAAAAGAAAUAGAAAAGAAAAAUGAGUCAACUGAGCUGUCUUCUGAAAACAUAGAAGUGACAGAAGACACUUCAGUAAAUGGUGAUGCGCAAGCAAGUGGAGCUGAAGGUUCAAAGUCUAAGGAUGAUGAUAAGGAAAUUGAAAAGGAAAAGGAAAAAGAAAUUGAGAAAGAGAAGGAGAAGGAGAAGGAGACUAAAGAGAAGGAGGAAGAAAAAGAAAGAGUAAAGGAGAAAGAGAAGGAGAAGAGAGAAAAGGAGAAAGAGGAGAAGAGAGAAAGGGAGAAAGAGGAGAAGAGAGAAAAGGAGAAAGAAGAGAAAAAAGAAAGGGAAAAGGAAGAAAAGAAGGAGAAAGAGAAAGAAGAAAAGAAGGAGAAGGAAAGAGAAAGGGAGAGAGAAAGAGAAAAGGAUAGGGAAAAGGAGAAAGAGAAAGUAAAGGAGAAAGAGAGAGGAAAAGAUAGAGAUAAGGACAAGGAAAAGAAAGAAAAAAAGAAAUCACGCAAAUCCCGUUCUCGCUCUCGCACUCGUUCUAGGUCACGAGGCAAAAGUAGCAGAUUAAAGAAAAAGAGUAGAAGUCGAUCUCCAUCCUCCAAGACUCGCAAGAAGCGAAGUAGAAGCAGAUCUGCUGGGCGCACAUCCUCGCGCCGUAGCAGAUCACCAUCAUUCAGACCUCGCCGUAGAAGUACUUCCAGGUCCCCUCGCCGUAGAACCAGUCGCUCACAUUCCCGAUAUUAAAAUUCCAAUGGUAUAGCUACUUUACCUUCCAUUGCACUUUAACUAUUUAAACAGUUUUGUAAAUUUAUGUCUGUAUUACUGUUUUCCAGUAUAUAGAAUUUUCAAUUUUGUUUUGUAUUUCUAUGUUAUUGAUACAUAUUUGGGAAUCCUUUGAAAUACAAUGUUCUGUUUAACUCGGGCCAUCAUGUAUGUUAACAUUUUGUAGCUGUCCUCACAUUUUCAACUAUUGUUUAGAGGUGGUAGGCAUGUGUGCUAAGUUUUUAAAGUUGUCAUUUAAAUGAUCAAUUGUACCUUGAUAAUUACUGCUUUUGUUAAAAUUGACCCUGCUCGUGUUAAAUUUCUUGAAUAAAUAUGUAUAUGGAAA